AUGGCUCCAUCCUCCCGUGAGAGUUUAGUGCCAGUGGAUCGAGAUGGGAAAGAAAGUCUAAGUGACUCCUCAUUCGCUUUACAUUAUGGUGACAUGACCGACUCAUCUUGUCUAAUUAAACUUAUUUCUAAAAUUCAACCUACAGAAGUCUAUCACCUUGCUGCACAAUCUCACGUAAAGGUAUCGUUUGAUUUACCUGAAUAUACAGCUGAAGUGGAUGCAGUUGGAACCUUGAGAUUGCUUGACGCUAUCCAUGCAUGUGGAUUGACUGAGAAGGUUCGCUUUUACCAAGCAUCAACCUCGGAGCUGUAUGGCAAAGUUCAGGAAACCCCACAAAAGGAGACCACACCGUUCUACCCCCGUUCACCAUAUGCUGUCGCUAAGAUGUAUGCUUACUGGAUCGUCAUUAAUUACCGAGAAGCUUACAACAUGUUUGCCUGUAAUGGUAUUCUUUUCAAUCACGAGAGUCCAAGAAGAGGUGAAACAUUUGUCACUCGCAAAAUCACUCGGUCAGUUGCCAAGAUCAGCUUGGGCCAGCAGACCUGCGUUGAACUUGGGAAUCUAGACUCUCUUCGUGACUGGGGACAUGCUAAAGAAUAUGUUGAGCCUGACGACUUCGUUAUUGCCACCGGAAAACAAACCACAGUGAGGGAGUUCUGCAACCUAGCAUUCAAGGAAAUCGGGAUGGAGUUGAAAUGGGAAGGCGAAGGCGUCGACGAAGUUGGGAAGGAAAAGGGGACCGAUAUUGUGCGUGUUAAAGUCAAUCCUAAGUACUAUCGCCCUACAGAAGUGGAAACCUUGCUCGGCGAUGCUUCUAAAGCAAAGAAAGUGCUCGGAUGGGAGGCUAAAAUCUCAGUAGAGGAACUCGCCAAAGAAAUGGUUGCCUCUGAUGUGGCCCUGAUGACUGCGAAUCCUAUGGCCUAG